GUGAAGGCUGCUGACCGGCUCCCAGCCCCGGACACCUCACCUCACCUGCCGACAUGUCUGAAGGGCUCUCUCGCAAGGUCCCGGUGACGUUUGACGACGUUGCCGUCUAUUUCUCUGCGGAGGAGUGGGAGAUUUUGGCAGAAUGGCAGAGGGAGCUUUACAAGGAGGUGAUGAAGGAGAACCUGGAGACUGUGCUUUCUCUAGGAUUCCAGCUCCCCAGACCAGACGUCGUGUCCCUGAUGGAGCGAGGGGGAGAGGCCUGUGUCCAGUAUCCCAGGGACCCUGCACCUGAGACCCACUUUGAGGGAAAUGGCUUCCUAGGCCCUGACCAAGAAGCGGACACCAUUGAUCGGGCUGCUGAGGAGCCGCAGCAGCCUAGAGAAGCCCCCUCUCUACCCAGCUGUGAUGCACGUGUCCAGUGGGGCCGUCGCAGCUGCAGUGAGUUCGGCCCGCGGGCGCAGCCUGGCUGCCAGCUGGGGAAGGCUCCUGAGCUCCUGGGCUGCUGGGGAACUGGCUCUGGAGCAAUGCACGACGGGCAUGAGGACACCUCCGGGCUGCUGCUGAACCGCCAGCAGAGCCAGGCAGAGGAGCAGCGGCAGCGGCGCCCCAGAGGGAAGGGCAGCGUGGCCAUGCAGCACCACCCGAGAGCUGAGCGGCAGGCGAGGCCAUUGCAGUGCCCCCACUGCGUGAAGAGCUUCACCGCCCGGCCCAGGCUCACCGAGCACCUGCGGACGCACUCGGGCGACAGGCCCUUCAAGUGCCUGGACUGCGGCAAGACCUUCGGCAAGCACUCGGUCUUCGUGGUGCACCGCCGCAACCACACGGGCGAGCGCCCCUUCCCGUGCCCGGCCUGCGAGAAGCGCUUCAGCCACCGCUCCCAUCUCAUCAUGCACCAGCGCACGCACACGGGCGAGAAGCCCUACGCCUGCGCCCAGUGCAGCAAGAGCUUCAUCAAGCAGUGCAACCUCCUGGUGCACCAGCGCACGCACACCGGGGAGAAGCCGUACCGCUGCACCGAGUGCGACCGGCCCUUCAUCCAGCGCUCCAACCUGGUGCUGCACCUGCGCACCCACUCCGGCGAGCGCCCCUACCGCUGCGCCCAGUGCCCGAAGGGAUUCAUCCGCCACUCCCAGCUCACGGUGCACCAGCGCAGCCACACUGGGGAGCGCCCCUACCGCUGCCUCAAGUGCGGCAAGGGCUUCCACCAGCCGACCAGCCUGGCCGCUCACCAGCGGACUCACCUGGCGGAGAGGGCCCUGCCGUGCAGCCAGCCUGCCUGUGCCUUGCUGAGCCCCAGGGAGAGCACCUAG